AUGAAAUCGCAUAUAGCUAUAAUCUGCAUAAUCAUGCUCUCCUUCUUCUCCAUGCAUGAAUAUCGAUGUGUAGGUAGCACGAUAGGGAGAUCGAGCAAAAUCUAUAUACCAUUGUGUUUUCACAACAAUUGCAUCCACCCAUUUAAAGAUGAUUGUUGGUGUUGUCUCGCAGCUGGAACUAAAAAAGAUUGGUGUUGGCUAGAAAAAGAUUUUCCCGACGCCAAAGAGCUUUGUAUGAAAACAUGUACAAGAAAGAUUUGA